CUGGGAGAGACAGAGCAUGAAGCUGCUUUGCCCAAAGUACAGAUUACACUGACGUAGGCAUAUGCCCAUGUCAAAAACACUAUCUGCUCCCCUCCAUCAAAACAAUGUUAUUAUCUAUUAUCAGGGUUAUUAUCUACGGCUCCUGGUUGGAGGAUUCGGACUAGUAUUCUAAACGCUUCUGGACAGAGGCGUCGCUAGAAUCACAAUACAUUCAGGGCUUAGCCCACCCCCUCCCCCCGCCCCGCCCGGGACAGAAAGUACAGGGUUUUGGACGACGCCACUGCUUCUGGAACACCCAAUGGAAUGCUGAAGAUCAUGCAGGCGACUGAGACAAGCAGCUGCUGUGCGGUCCUUGACGUUUCCUGUCUGACCUGCUGAAGUUCUCUGCUGGCUGGGCUCCCCAACAUAUCCAGAAUGCUGCAGCCCACCUGGUGUUCAUCCUUCCCAUGCUAUCCGAUGUCACCCGACUCCUCUGCACAUUCCACUCCCAUCAACUAAACCUGUUUUAACUGAGUUCCUGGGGUGUUGCCUGGUGCCUGCCACAGAACAGUUAUGCUGCUGAACAGUUUUCCAUCAGGGCGUGGUUUCCCAGUGCUUAGAAGGCCCCAUCAAUGAUUCAGCAGACCAGAGAAAGUGCUGGUCUCCUGUCUCCAACUGGUCCACAUCAAGCGGGACAGUAGAAGCAGGACUGUGGGGAGUGGGAUGAUGAUGCUUGGGACGUCGGGCAACUACUGGUGCCUUACCCAGCUGCUCUGGUGCCUGUAUUUCAUUGGGAAAGAACACACCGCCCGUGGCCACAACAAAACCCAGGAAACCAGUAGAGUGGGUGGGUUAUUUUGUGAGCAAGGAUACUACUGCCCAGAGGGAAGUCCCACAGCGAUGCCUUGUCCCAGGGGUACGUUUGGGCCAUCCACCGAGGCCACAUCCAUCCACGGCUGUCUCAGCUGCCCUACAAACCACUACUGCCCGCGGCCAGCCCUGCCCUCCGGCCUGCCCUGUGGAGCCCGGGCACAGCAACCCCUACCAGGCCAGGACAGAUGUGUCUGUUUGGGGGAAGGACAAACCUUCCAGGCCAGUGAUGGGCAGUGCACCUGUGCCCUAGGUUACCAGGGUCAAGGGGACACCUGUUUGCAAAGUGUAUAUGACAUCUGCAAAGAUGGAAGAGCGAGGACACAACAUGGAGUCUGUCUGGACAGGCAGCAGUGGGCACAGCACUGUACCCAGCAGGUGUGUCUGUCUCCAGAGGACUACCAGGGCUUUGAUGGACCUCUGGGCCUGUGUCUGUGCAGAGAGCCCCCAGAGAGAGCGGUGUGUGGGGCCUGGUGUAGGAGUGGACCCACGCAGGCGCUGCAUUUAAUGUGCGCUGCUGGAGACUUGCAACUGGUGUACAGCAACUCUGAAGGCCAGGUGAUCAUCUCAGCGGUUGCGCUGCUGGACAGAGUGUUCAAACGCUGGGACUCCCAGGAGGCCUUGCGGUGUGAUGCCCAUCGCCACGGCAUGUCCCUUCCUGUGUACACAGUGCGGACAAGUGACGCGGGCUUCCUAGGUCUCCUCAAUGCCAUCCCACAGGAGAUUCAGAAGUUAUUUCCAGAGAAAAGCCCUGGUCAUCACACAUUAACAGGAGCAACAAACUGGGGAGGAAACAGGAACUCCAGCUCUGUGGGUGUCCUGAACCCUAUUGCAUGUCUACACCUGGGAGACACUCUGCUGUUUACCGUCACUAGGCAACUCUAUCCCAAGUAUGACAUAGAGAACCUGUAUAACACCAACAGUGACUUUGACUGGGGUCCUUUGAGGAGACUGGCUGAGGACAUGACGCUGUCCAGAAACCCCCCGACACUCUUCACCGUGGUCUUCACUCAGCCCGGGGCGUACGCCUUUCAACUCAGCCGGCAUCCACACAAGCACAUGUACGUGAGGGUGAUGCCGGCGGGAGUUCAGUGCUACGAGCAGGGGCCUUUCUUCCACUCUGUCCCCCACCAUUUCACCAGAAUGGGCAUCGCUAAGAGACAGCACCUGCUCCUGCGCCCUGAUUGGUUUGUGACAGGAGGACUGCUGCUUGGCGCUGUGCUCAUCAUCGGCCUGUGUGUAACCCUGCUGAUUUUGUUCCGGGAGUAUGGCUGGCCGGAGAAGGUGUCCCACAGGGCCCGGUACCGCAAUUCCCAGCUCCAGUACCCCAUGGACGACUACUCCUCAAAGGGGUCCAAAGUGACGGCGUUGAGGAAGCACCACAGGAAACUCCAGGCCAACACGACAGCGGCCUCUCUACAGCAAGAUGACUUCUGGGACUAUGAGCAUCAAGUGGACCUGGAGGCCUUCAACACCAACACAUUCUACAGCAUCCUGCUGAAUCACAGUUUGUCAGUUACCGCUAAAUUGGGCCAGCUCAGAGGAGAGGUGAAGGACCUGUACCAGGGGGUGAUAGGCAAGCUGAAGGGGCUCCAGCUGCGUUCUGGCUUGUCUGCGGUGGGGAAAACCAGAGAAGGCUACGAGAGGCUACGAAGACAGGUGGAGCAGGAGGUGGUCAGGCGCAGGUACCUGGCACAGCAGCUCAGGCAUCUCCUGGGCUGCCAACUAGAGGUCCUAAGGACGGAGCUGUGGGCCCAGCAGACUGUGCACAAGGCCUUUGGGGCCCGACUCAGAGAGUGUGUGAGGCUCUUGGGCCAGGUUAUGGAUAACCCACACCCCCUCUUCUGGGACGACCACACACAACAUGUGAUGCAGCGGGUGACGUCCCUGGCAUCUGAGAUGGCAGAGCAGGUGUCUGGGGAGUGCCAGCGACAGGGGGCUUGGUCAGUCCUGGGAGAGGCCAUGGGUGCUAAGUUACUGUGCCCCCACACUGGCACAGUCCUCAGCAAGGAGGACAUCUUGGCUCCUGACGGAUCAGUGUGUUCCUCCGAGGCUGUCCAUAUGGACUCUAUCACGGGUCUCAUAACACCCAAACCCCACACCCACAUGCUCGUGGCCAGCGGGCACAGCAUGCCGGUGCCGCCCGACUUCUUCAUCCACCCUCAGACUGGCCGACUGCUACCAAUAGUGGGCAACGUGGGCUACGACCCGGGCAGCUCGUCUCUGAUCCUCACAACGGACUCAUGUGCAGGGGACAUGAGGAAAUGGGACUCGCCCCUGCUGCCGUUCGUGCCAUACCCGCUUUCUCCACUUUCAACCCAGCCUGUGCCCGUCCGACUGAGGGGUCUCCGCCCGGGACAACGACUGCUGCUAGGGGGACCCAUGUGUGACCCAGAAACAGGCCUCCUGGUUCCCAUUUUAGCUGUAACCAUCCACCCCCAGACUGGGCUGGUGUACCCCCUAGGAGGUGUUCACGUGUGCCCGUUUACCCACCUGUCCCAGCCAAUCCAGGCGGGCUCCCCCAUGUUGGACCCCAGGACAGGAAAUGUGGUCCUGACAGCAGGUGUCAGUCUGGACUCUAAAACAGGAGCUGUGCUUCCAGUGGGCGGUCUCCUCCUAGGCGAGGCCAUUGUCGAGCCCCUGAGCGGCAGGCCGGUCAGGGUGGCCGGCGGCAGCGUCCAAGCCGGCAAGCUGGUGCCUCAUUCUGGCGGGUUCCAGGCCCUACUGGAUGGCCAGACUCUGGUGGCCCGUCGCCGCCUGGUGGACGUCCUACGUGUGGUCAGGGAGAACCCGGGCUCCGGGGAGAUGGGUCGGCAGGGUCGGAUCCAGGCUGCAGCCCGCGAGCUGGAGCAGGCCUGGGGGAAAGCGGUGCACUGCCGGCUGCAGCUCCUGUGCCGUCUGGAGACCUUGCUGGGCUGGGCAUGUGUCGUCUCCCAGGAUGGCGGUGUCCAAGGAGAGAUCCGUCUUCCCGGUACUGAUCUUUCCUUGCCGGCGCUGCCUGGUAUGGAGUAUCCUGACCCACAGGGUUCUGGCCUGAUGGUUCCAGUCCUGGGAUCUCAGAUGGACCCUGUGUCAGGACUCACUGUCCCUCUCGCAGGAACCAUGGAGGAUGCAGACGGCAAAGGACUGGUUGCGAUUCGUUUCGGGGGCCUGACAGUGGACCCUGUAACAGGGGUCCUGGCGGCAGUCGUGGGGGCGCGCCUCGAUGUGUCCAGACAGACUGUCGUCCCGGUUACGGCUUCAUACUGCUUGGCACUGGGAGGGAGCACUGACAGUGUGCUGGUGGAGGUACUGCAGAAGGAGUGUUGUCUGAGGAGUAGAUUCUGGAAGCAGGAGAAACAGAAGGAGGAAGAGCUUCUGGGUGACCUGGAUGCAGCUCUGCAGCACUGUCUCCAUAUGGCCACUCAGGAGGAAUCUGAGCAGACUCACUGGGCCGACACGGACAGGCAGCUGAGGGAGGCGGCGUCUUGGCUUCAGGAGACAGGGCAGGCAGAAGCCCAAAGGAAGGCAUCCCAGCUCUCAGACCUCUCCCUGAUCCUGCCUCCUCAUGUUCUGCUCAUCCUCACUGCAGGUGAUGAGAAGGAGUGGGAACAGCAGUGUUGCUGGCACACAGGUCUGGUGGCGGGUCUGGACAGGGUGAACGUUUGUGUGGAAAAACUUGAGCGAGACCAUGAGAGAUGGACAGCCCAGAGAGGAGAGCGGAUGAAACCUUUUCAUGUCAUGGACCAGAAAGUGAGGCUGAGAGAACUUUGGGAGCAGUUUAAUUACCGGCAGACAGAACUAGAAGCAGCUCUAACAGAUCUGCACUGUGUACGAGAACUCUGUCAGUUUCGUGGAGACAUCGCUCAAUCUGUGUUAUCAGGCUCUUCUUGGUACAUGGAGUUUGGUCUGGCCAGGCCAACAGUCCCCAGUAACUCUUUGAAGUGGAUAUCACUGCAGCAACGGAAAGCCCUGGCUCUCUUGGAGCAACUCCUUCAGCUUCUGGAGGAAAACAAACAACAGAGUCUCUCUUCCGGUUUGUCAACAAAACAGACAUUUGGAUUGGAGGCCUGUUCCCACGCCUGGACAGAGUCAGGGCCUGAGGUGAAAGGGAUCUCCACUCAGUCUCUGAGAGACCCAGUGAAGGACCUUAAAGGUCCCAAUGUCCCUCAGCCCAGCCCGCCUCCCUCACAGAACGCUCACAGAAAGACAGCCACCUCUGACAUCCAGUCACAUGAAAACCGGCCUUUGAAAGAAUCUGUCCUUCCAUCGCACGUCUGUGUACCUACACUGUCAGAGGAGGAGUGGAAUAAACUGUUGGAGAUAUCCCCAGUCUUCCAGCUGUUAAAGGGAGUGGAGCAGAGUUUGAAGGCCCGGGCCCGAGACACAGGACUACUGAGGGAGGAGCUCCGAUGUGGUGGGAGCUCUUUCAUUGACUACCUGGAUGCGCAGUGGGAGUGUGAAGGAAAUCUGCACCCUUUUGAUCCACAUAAUCUUAAUCCAAGAGAAUACCUGGUCUACCAGCAUGGACUAUUCCUUCUGCAAACACUACACACUCUCAAACUGACUCCAGCAGUGUCACUCCAGAUUGCAGCUAGUCUCCCAUCCAAUAACUAUAAAAACAACGCCUUCCGAAAUUCCUUUUUCUACAAGGAAGCUGAGCAGACAGUGUUCGUGCGCCGGCAGAGACUGCAGUCAGUGGGAGGAUUCUCAUUACUCCUUUUACAUUGUUUGUCACACAUCGCCGUCGGCGACAUGUGCUCCGACUCCAGUCCUGCUUUCCAACGGGUUUUCUUCCAGGUUCUUCAAGCAUGCCUCGGGGAGCUACUCCAGUCAAGAUUAGGGAGUUCCAUAUUGGGUCGGGAGUGGGUUGCUCCACAGACCUGCAUGCCAUGUGACUCCUCCCUGCUGCAAACACUUCAGAGGCCCAGUCAGGGUAUGCUUUGUCAGAAAGAGGGGGAGGGAUUUCUGCAGAAGCCCCGGGAAGCAUCUGUGUUCCUUUAUGUUGAGAGGCUUCUGAGAGAGAAGAGCUCAGGCAACAAGGAAGAUGAUUGCAAAGAACAGAAGAGGAAUAGUAAUGUUGCUCAAUGAUUCUCCCGAAUAGGGCCUUGCCCUUUAAUAUAAAAUGAUGAACUUAAUACCAGAACAUGUUGCAUUGCUCCGCAAUUUUUCUCUUAACUUUUUGUAAAUCUACGAUGAACAAAAUAAAUGUUUAACUUCAUAAAAAACAUGUUUAAAAUGUA